GUUUCGCAAUCAUAGGCCUUAUCUGCACUCGGAAACGGGACUGAUCACCCCGUUUAGAAUUAAUCAGUUGCGGUGCGCGCCCGUAAUUGUCCGACACCGUAAGGUAAUGAUUAGCGAAAAUGGUCAGAUAUUGCCGCUCUCCACUUACCGGCGAAUCUAAAAAUCCGUAGAUUGACCCAGUAGCCAAGCUUGACCUAGAUGGCGCUAUUAUCAGCCGUGAUGUACGUAACAGUAGUUAACGAGCAAGGACCACGUUGUGAAGAAAAGUUGAAGUUCGAGGAUCAUCGUUUGCCACCCUCAGGUCUUCUCGUCGUCUUGUAAUUAUUUCGAGGAUUUUCUUGGACUCUGAGGGUUCUGGUCGACGACACAAGUUUGGCUGUGACGUGUUCCCUUGCAUCCCGGUCGGCCGGCAUCGUCUCCACACCUGGAUGACCUGGACACGCCAUUAUCGCCCAGGACGGACCUUAUCAGACUUCAACCGAUAAGUCUAACUCUUAAUUACAACUUUCGACCGUAUCGGUGACCACUAUACAUUUGUGUGGGACACAGAAACAGACUCAGUAUUUGCCACUUUAAGAGUGAAGUUAUAUGAACUAAGCUGAAUAGUAUAUUGGCUGUUUCCAUAGUCUAUAAUAUUGUCGUUUUAAACAUGUAUUAAUAAUUGUUCUAUUUAUUCUCUGUUAAGAUAUAUGUGUCCUAUUUAUUAUUUUCGGUGGCCACCGCUAAUUAUCUCUGUAUUGGCUAGAUUUAUUUUGCUCGAGCAAACUAGUACAUCCUAUCAUUUAACAUAGUUAGAGCCUAUUUGUUUGAAAAGUAUAUUUAUUUAUAGCUUCAUUAUUAGGGUAUAGCUCUGUUUUGCUUGAGCGAACUGUUCUCAUUAAUUUAGCAAGGUUUACUUUUAUUUUGCAGGAACAAUAGAUAUAUAUUGUGAAUGUUUAUUAGGGCAUGAACCCCUGAUGCAUGUGAUUUCUUUUGUGUGUAUUUAUUGAGUGGCUUUUACUUUCUAUUGCCUUGGCAUUAAAUUAAGCUCAAAUUAUCGAAACAGGUGCCUCAUUGAUUAAUCCUCUCUGCUCGUUCAGUUACCAGAAUUGUGUUGACUUGCACCACAGAUUGUAGAUAUUAACAUUCGAUCAUUUUAAUCCAAGCAACCGAUAUUAUUAAUAAUCUGUCAAUGUUAAUGAAGAGCUGAGACUAGUUGUGUACUGGGUAGUUUAACUUUAGUAUUGAUUAUAAGUUAUACAGUAAGUAGGGUCCAUGGGGUCGACCUAGACCUGAUCUUAGUAAUACUGUGUAAAAGCCGGCCUUACCCUCCCGACCCAACAGCGGAGCGAGAAUAAUAUUCCUUUAUUUCUCUAACUCUAAGGACAUUUCAUCUUCUUCCGGCGUCAGGGAUAGUUUCCUCAUUCUCCCCCUGUGUGUGUAUCUUGCAAAUGAGGUGGCGCCCUAAAGACCAUUCCAGUAUAAGUGCUAGACCCUCUAGGACCACCGACCCCGACCCAUCUCUGAGCUAGCCACCAUAUUGUUUCCUGGGCGAGGUAACAAAAUGGCGCCCAUCAACGUGGGGCCUAGCUUUUAAUUUAUUUUAUAUUUAAUUUGUGCUGUAAUUUUGUAAACUGUAAAUAUUGAUGUGUUUGGGACAAGGUUUCUUGUUGAAGUUAGUAUUUUGAACUGUACUGUAUUUGUGUAUGAAUUUUUCUGUUAAUGUUUGGAACUUGGUGUCUGCACUCAACAUGACGGCCUAUCACUUAAGAAAGGAUGAAGUAGAGUAUGAGCUCCAGAUUAGGGGAGUUGAUCAUAAGGGCAGUGCUGGAGAAUUGAGGAAGCGGCUUGCUCAGUGCUUUUCAACAAAUAUAGGUGUUGAUAAAAGUAUUAUUAACCAAUUAGAUACAGAGGAGGAACUUGAGAAGUGCGAAGAAAAGUAUGGAGAUCUAGGUUCUUUGGUGGACGAGUAUGAUGGUAAUGGCAAGGAUCGAGAAUUCCAGAGACUUCAUGAUAGGCUAUAUCAUUUAUACAUUAGGAUUGAGAGAAUACCGAUUGCAGCGUCUGCCAAUGAUGGCAUGGAGCGGCGUAAAACCGAUUUGUUGACCAAGUCUAAGAACCUUUUGCAGUCACUCCAGGGAUAUAAGAAGACAUCGGAGGAAGAGCAGAGUACAAAGAUAGGGCCGAAUGUGGACUGGAGUAACGGAGAGCUGCCGAAGAAAAUCGUGUCGGAGAAUCCCUAUACCUUUUGCGAGGCUGAUGUUGUUUCUUCAAAACCUUGUAUCAGCGUAGCUCAGAUGCCUACAACAGCUUCUGUGUCGGCGGGUCACACUCAGAAUGUUGAAUCUUCCUUAGUCAACAGGAGGUAUUUUGGGACAAAAGCAAUUCCUGUAUAUAAAUGGGGUCUGAAAUUUGACAUUGAGUCUGGACAAAGUGUGGGAGCAUUCUUGGAGAGAGUUGAGGAGUUAAGGGGCGCAAGAGGUCUCACUCACCAGGAACUGUUUGACUCUGCCGUUGAUUUGUUCACGGGGACUGCAUUGAUCUGGUAUCGAUCGGCUGUUGGACGCGUUUCUUCGUGGGAACAGCUUUGUAAGGAACUGAAGUUGGUAUUCCAAAGUCCAGACUACGAUGACAUGCUGGGACAAGAAAUAAGAAAUCGUGUCCAGGGACCCGAGGAGUCUAUAGAUUUGUUCUUGGCCGCUGUUGAAGGAUUGUAUGGGAGGCUAUCAGUUAAAGUAUCUGAAAGUGAACGGUUGCAGCAAGUGUUGAAGAACCUAAACCCUUACUUACAGGAGAAGCUCUGCAUGUUCGAUAUUAAGGAUAUGGAAAGUCUGAGAGAACUAGGCAGGAAGGCUGAGUUAGGUCGUUUAAGAUCAUUGACGCAUCACCCUCCUCAGCGUUAUCCACGAGUUCUAGAACCUGAUUUGGCUUGGGGAACACCACCUAAUAGGCGGAAGACAUCUCACCUCGCGACCAUUACCUCAAAUACUUCGAGACCAUCUGAUUCAUCAUUGAGGUGUUGGAAUUGCUCUAGCCUAGGGCAUCGGUUCUCGCAAUGUACUAGGGCACGCAAAGUAUUUUGUUAUGGCUGUGGAACUCCUGGCUUGAAAAAAGCUAAUUGUUCAACUUGCCAGUCAAAAAACUCAAAGAUCAGGGAGUGCACCAAGUAAAACUUGUUGCCUCCCGAAGACAAAAAUAUUUAAGGAGUAUUGGGUCUGCUUGUCGCCCAUCUCAGGAUGAUUGUUGUGUGGCCUAUAUAUUGGAAACCUCUCAGCAUGACACCCGACCUUACAUGAAAGUAAGAAUUUUGGGAAAGAGUUUAAAGCUCUUUUAGAUUCGGGUUCUACCCAGACAAUUUUAGGUAAGGACGGCCUUAGUAUUUUAGAACAGUUUCCGGCCCGUUUGAGGGAAUGUUCAGGUAAAUAUAUGGAGGUGGCUGACAGUUUUAGACACACAGUUAAAGGUGUGGUAACGUUGCCAAUAACCUUAAUGGGAAGAACUGAGUAUCUGAAUGUAUUGGUUGUGCCUACUCUGCCUCAUACAUUAAUUCUGGGAAUUGACUUCUGGGAUAGAUUGCAUAUAGUAGCUGACGUACAUAAUCGUAAAUGGGAUUUUGGAACAGAAGUCAAGCAAGAAUUUUGUUUCUCUAUCGAAGGAAUUAAAUCCACUGAACAUCUCACUACAGAAGAGAAGAUACAGCUUGAUCAACUUGUCAGUCAACAUUUCCACGAUGAACGAUCUACCUUGGGGCGAACUGAUAAAGUUAAGCACGUGAUCGACACUGGAGAGGCUCCGGCAAUUAAACAGAGAUAUUACCCUCUUUCACCAGCCCGCCAACUGUUAGUCAAUAACGAGUUGGACAGGAUGUUAGAGCUUGGUGUUGUGGAACCGUCGAAAAGCGACUGGUCUUCACCCAUAUUGUUAUUGGAUAAGCCGGAUGGUUCAAAAAGAUUCUGUGUAGAUUUUCGGAAGGUUAAUGAGGUAUCAAAGAAGGAUGCAUAUCCCUUACCCAUGGUUACCAAUAUAUUGGAUCGGCUGAGAGACGCUCGUUACCUGUCUAGUUUAGAUAUAAAAAGUGCAUAUUGGCAAAUUCCACUUGAUGAGAGCAGUAAAGAGAAGACCGCAUUUGC